AUGCCUGCCAAAUGCUCCAACCAACAGGGAAGGCCUCGCUCGCACGUGACCGACACGGAGGAGGACAGUGAAGACAGGCGGAGUGAUCUACGCAUUGCCGCCGCGAAAGCCAAACGACAAGCCCGCAAAUCUCAUCUGCGUCCACCUCGCAAUGCCAACGCACAACCGCCUCCAACGUGUCCACGGUGUCCGCGGAUAUCCUGUGCACCAAGUGGAUUUGUUGGACACCUUCGGAUCAACUGCACCACUUGGACUGCACUAACCGUCGUCUUUCAGCUCACCUUCUACGCCGUCAAUUAUUUCUAA